CCGGGCGCGGCGCCCGGUCUCCCUCCCUCCCUCCGGCGCCAUGGAAGGCACCUCCAGCCACCACCCGCCGCCGCCGCCGAAUCCGGCGGCGUCCAAGCUCCUCUCCAACCUCCCCUCUCGUGGCCUCUUCUCCUCCACCGUCCUCUCCCCCAAUCCGGGCGGAAUGCGAGUUUACGUUUGUGAGCAUGACACAUCACCGCCAGAGGGGCAAGUGAUAAGGACAAACCAACAAAAUAUACUGAUAAGAGCACUCACAAUCAAGAAACAGAGGGGAGAUCCUAGCUCGAGGAAUACAAAGGGUGUGACUAUAGCUGAAGGUUCUAGGAAGAGAGCAUCCGAGAGACUUUUGGAUAGUGGGACAUCAUCUAAGAGACCUGCUGGUCAGGCUGGUUCUCGACAAGAGGGUUCAAGCAUUCAUUUAACGGACAAGGAAUUGCACAGUUUGACCGUGGAGAGGCUUCGUGCACUUCUCAAGGAAAAAGGUCUUUCUCUUAAAGGCAAGAAGGAUGAGUUGAUUGCGCGCUUAAAGGGUACAAGUGGCUAAGGUUCCCGAGGAGAAAGGUUGAGUAAAGCUCUCAUAUUGUACUGAACACCUAAAGAAAGGAUGAGAAGGUUAAGUGCUGGUUGUGAUAGAGGUUUGGAAAAUAUUGUAGGGGGCCGAACACUGGGGAACCGAACUCACACUAACUUGAAGGGAGAGUGACUAGUCCAGAUGUUGGUGUGUCAAACUGUACAGUUUGGUUGGUUAUGUUCUUGAGGGGUCUAUGCUGAACGUUGUAAUUUUUUCUUUUGGGGAAUGUGGGUUUUCUUUAAA